AGUUACGGUAUUAUUUUAAGGCACCUUGAUGGACUAUUGCGUAUGAAUCACGGGCAAGAGGACACCACUACUGAACACAAAGCUAAUGAAGUGACAGGCUAAUGAAUGCAUUUCCCUCAAUGGAUUUUUAUAUUUAGCUUUCUGUGACGCUCUAUCAUUCAACUGCAAGCAGAGUCAAGAAGAACAAGCAGGACCGAAUGCGCUGUGUUGCCUGUCAUUUUGGUGUUCUCAAAGAGGAAAUCGGAGACAUUUUAAGUCAAGAAGGAAAAACUUGGAUCAUUUUGUGAGAACUCGCAUACAUGUAAUGUGGUGAGGGCGUUGUGGAAUACCGCAAAUAGGCCUAUACAAACUGGUCGGAAAAUGAUGGCCGGUGGAGCGGUUGAACAAAACGGGAUAUUCUUGAAUCCUCUUCAUCACAAUCAACAGCCCCACAUGGAGUCAGAUCCCCCCGACACUCGUAAACGACCUCUAACUCCGACCGAGGAGGACUGUUGUACCAAGCGCACAAACACGGGAGAGGAGGGUGAGUACUUCCUGAAGGUGCUGAUCCCCAGCUAUGCGGCCGGCUCUAUAAUUGGCAAGGGCGGCCAGACCAUCGUACAGCUGCAGAAAGAGACGGGCGCCACCAUCAAGCUGUCCAAAUCCAAAGACUUCUACCCAGGAACCACAGAGCGUGUGUGUCUGAUACAGGGUACGGUCGAGGCGCUAAAUGGCGUCCACAGCUUCAUCGCGGAGAAAGUCCGUGAGAUGCCUCAGAGCACCCAGAAAACAGAGCCAGUCAGCAUACUGCAACCACAGACUACUGUCAACCCCGAUCGCGUCAAACAGGCUAAAUUAAUAGUGCCCAACAGCACGGCUGGGCUGAUCAUCGGUAAGGGCGGGGCCACGGUCAAGGCGGUGAUGGAGCAGUCGGGUGCCUGGGUGCAGCUGUCCCAGAAGCCUGAAGGCAUCAACCUGCAGGAGCGCGUGGUCACGAUCAGCGGGGAGCCCGAGCAGAACCGCAAAGCCGUGGAGAUCAUUGUGCAGAAGAUCCAGGAGGACCCUCAGAGCAGCAGCUGCCUCAACAUCAGCUACUCCAACAUUUCGGGCCCCGUGGCCAACUCCAACCCCACCGGUUCCCCCUACGCCAACUCGGCUGAGGUCCUGCCCAACGCCGCUGCAGCUGCUGCCACUGCCUCCAGCCUUCUAGGCCAGGCCGGCCUGGCAGGAAUGGGCGGCUUCCCGGGCACCAUGUCCAGCUUCUCUGGAAAUGACCUGCUGGCCAUCACCUCGGCCCUCAACACACUGGCCAGCUAUGGCUACAACACCAACACCCUGGGCCUGGGCCUCAACCCCGCCGCUGCCUCUGGGGUCCUGGCCGCCGUGGCAGCUAGUGCUAACCCAGCUGCUGCUGCCGCCGCUAACCUCCUGGCCUCCUAUGCCAGCGAUGCCUCCGGCGGCUCCGGCCAUCCCGCUGUCGGCCUUGGGGGCUUCUCCCUGGGCUCACUGGCCGCCGCCACGGGGGCCUCCAACGGCUACCUGAAUGCCUCGUCCCCGCUGAUGGCCUCCUCCCUGCUAGCCGCAGAGAAGCUGGGAGACGGGGCCAAGGACGUGGUGGAGAUUGCUGUGCCCGAGAAUCUGGUGGGUGCCAUCCUGGGAAAAGGCGGGAAAACGCUGGUUGAGUACCAGGAGCUGACGGGUGCCCGCAUCCAGAUCUCCAAAAAGGGAGAGUUCAUACCCGGCACACGGAACCGUAAAGUUACCAUAACAGGGUCGCCCGCGGCAACGCAAGCCGCCCAGUAUCUGAUCAGCCAGAGGAUCACCUACGAGCAGGGUGUGCGUGCCACCAACCCACAGAAGGUGGGCUAAAUGAAAAAAUAAAGGAUGAAAUAAAGGAAGGAUGGAGACAGAGAAAAGAAAGGGAAUCAAAGGUCACGGAGAGGGGAAAAAACGUCCAAAUAUCCAUUCAAUAUUUCAGUAUCAAAAAGAGAAGGUCACAAUGGAGGAGGUGAGGCAGAGAGAAAGCCAGGAGAAGUGUGUGUGAUAUGUGAUUGUGUUUUUAGGACCGAGGUUGUGAUGUUUUUUAAAAGUGGUGUUGAGUCCUUUUGAUGACUGUGAUCAGAGUAAAGCUGAACUGGUCCACUGCCAAGCAGCAGAUUCAGGGGUGAGUCCACACGAUUUCACCCCCCUUCAAAAACCUCACAGCUGGGUUUGUUUUGGGUUUCUUUCUCUUCCGUUUUUCUUUUCUUUGGCUGUGUUGAUUUUUCAGCUUCAUUUGUAGACCUCUGCUCCCGGUGAGUUGAGGUUCCAGACAUUCUAAAAGAGCAGAGAUAGCAUUUUGCUCAUGCCUUUUUGCAUUGAUGUUAACCUCGCUCCGUGUGAACAAAGCAAAAAGCCUUAUUUACAUGGGAGAGGUUAAAUGACGAGCACCAGAGGUCAUCCAAGACCAUUAGGCAGCCAUUUUUAUCUAAAUUCUUAAUGGAUAUCACAAUAUUAAUGACAUGCCACUGUAUGGUUCAUAUCAAAAUUGAGGUUUUAACAAUUCGGUUGUUAUUCUUUUUAUUUUAAUCAAUUAUUUAUUUAAAUAUGGUCUCAUUCAAACAUGUAGAUUAUUUAAACCUGUGAAUUCGGGUUGAUGUGAAUGUAAAGACAUUAUUAUUGUUAUUUUGUUAUUAACGAGGAUCAAAUGCUGAGUUGCAAUGACAGAUAUGUAUAGUUUUAACCCAGAACUGCACAGUAACUAUAUAUAAGUGUAGAUCAGGGGUCAAAUGUUCAAUGUGAGAGGAUAGAGGAGACACGCAGGAAUGUACACACACAUACACAGGAACAGACACACAUUCAUACAUGUUUACCGCCACCCACAUACACACCACUUUUGGUGCUACGAAAACAUACAGAUAGAUAGGCCUAUAUUACCUGGAUCACCUAAAUUGAAAAUCCCUUUGGAGAUUGCUCUCCCUCUCCUUGAUUGUAAGAUGCCAAGCGUUGUCCACUUAUCUGUAGUUUAUGGGAUCUAGUUCUGCCUUUAGGUAAGCAAAGACUGGAUUUCAUGCUGUUGAAGGUCAGUCUUAAUAUUUUACCCCACUAGUUCUCCUUUAGCUGCCAUGGCAAAGCCACCGUGGACAGUUUAGAUCCAAAUAACGUAGUUACUAGUUAAAAAUAUGUUUUAUCCUAUUGUCAUGAAUUGGCCCUGUACUUUGAGUUUGCCUGCCGAUAUUGCGCCUUGGGACAUACUCCUAUGUAGAAAUGUGAUUAAACCCCCAUGGGAUAGAGCAUCAAAUCCGAGAGGGAAGACCGCACUAUACACAGCUUGAGGUAUCUUACAUUACCUUUUCAAUUGAAGAAUCUAACCGGAAGAGUCCCCAAGGGAAAGAAGCACUACAAAGCAGUCUUGUUAAGAAAAGCAGUAUUGAACCUUAUCUGUGAGCAAGGAGAUGAUUGCUUUAUAUCAGGGUGGCUGGUAGUCAAGAAAGACACUAAUGAGAAAGAAAUGGACUUACCAUGAAACACAUUUGGACUGAAACACAUUUUCUGUGAACCAUUUUUCUCAACCAGAGUCAAUACAAAUAUGGAGUCUAACAGUUUAUGCAGUUGGUUAGUCCAACCUGUUAUCUUGCUUAAAGCAGACAUUAACGCUAGCUUACAUUGGCAGUAGUGCAUAAUGCGUUGCCCAAACAUUUAGCUGACAUUCUGUAAGGAUAAUUGUUUGUCAAAAACGCAGGGAGGGUAAUUGUCUUCUAGAACAUUCUCAAACACACAAAGAUUACCCUUGCUUGCUUCUGCGCUGCUAUCCAUUGGUUUUCAUCCGAGUACACUGGGUCUCUUAUGACUGCACUGUGAGACACAACAAA